UUUUUGGAUCUGAUUAUUUUUUGUUUAAACAGGUUCGGUUCUAAAACACUGUUGAAUAAAUGAUCAACGAAGAAAAUAGAAAAUACCAUUAUUUUGACUAGAAAAAAAUGGGUGACAUAUUGUAUCCAAUUUGAAUUGCACAAACAAAAUUGAGUUAACAUUUGGCCCAUCUUUUCAUUAGGCAGUAACGAGUGUUAAGGGGAUUUCAAAGCUUCUAUUCGCACUUCCAUCAAAUUAAUUACAUGGCUUUGAGUCGGUACAUCAAACUAUAAUUCUAUGCUCACAUUAUUGAGUCGAAGUAUGCAUUUUCUCUUGUUCGCCUUCACAAAACAAGUCUGUCUUGUGUUCCCUGCAUAAUAAAUGAAGGUGAUGGCCUACCCUGAGAAAAAAGAGUAUCUACUCGGCUCGCUCUGUUUUGAUCUUUUGCUCUUUCAUCUGGCGUGGAAAACUAAAAUCUGCAGCAGAUGAUAGCAUUUCUCCCAUAAAAGAAAAGUUAAUAUAGAAAAUUACAUAAAACGCCUAAAUCUUUUGUGCCAACAAUAAAGGAGUAAAGGUGCUGUUUAUAUUCAAUACAUCAUCCAGAAAAUGGUACAUUUCGUUCAAGUGCAGAAAGCCGAAUCACACGUCGAGCGUAAGGUACGCUAACAACAAUCGCUUGGACAGCAAGCUGUGACAGAGGCUGCCACCAAGGGCAAGAUAGACGAUCUAGGUGGCAGUAUAAGACACGAAACCGGCGAAAGGGGGUGUGAAAUUUAGGGGUGUAUCAGAAAUUGGUACAGGAGGGGUAAUUAGAUUAAGGCAGACCUACCUUGAGCCUCACGUGGGUUGAACAAUUUAGCCACCAUCUGUUGACUAUUUAGUAUUCUAUUAGCCAUAAACGACAGAUGGCAAGUGCAUGCUUGAAUCCCAUGUGAAAGUGUCCACAAAGACGAGCGCUGCGGUUCGGUACGAUUUUGUUGUAUUCUCUCUCCACUUGGCCCCAUUGCUUAGCCUUGAUUUGCAAUGUGUCUCUAUUAACAACCUAAAUACACAGCUGUGGUGCUGAGAGAAAAAAUGCUGCUGAUUUAAUUUGAUUUUAAAAAGAUUUAAAUGGGUAUAAAUUCUGAGUGAACAAGAGAAUUUAAACAGUCAUUGAAGGGUGAUCACUCGGAGCGAGCAAGCAUCAAGUCGCAUUCGAAAAAACUUGACCGCAAGAUAAUUGCUGUCGAAACUUCUGACCACAAGGUUAUUCUACGACUUCACCUUUCGAAAGUGUAAAACAGGACGAGCAAACGAAGCCCUAUCUCGACGAAAAUGGCACACCUAGCGCCUUUUCUAUUCCAAAGUCACGGUGGGAUAAAUCAACUCGGAGGACCUUUCGUGAACGGUCGGCCCCUCCCGGAUUACAUUCGUCAUCGAAUCGUGCAACUUGCCGCAUGUGGUGUCCGACCGUGCGAAAUUUCUCGGCGACUUCUGGUGUCACACGGCUGCGUCAGCAAAAUCCUGGGCAGGUUCUACGAAACAGGAUCUAUUCGUCCUGGAUCGAUAGGCGGGAGCAAGCCAAAGGUUGCCACGCCUCCAGUUGUGACCAAAAUUGUGCAAUACAAGCAGCAGAACCCCACCAUCUUUGCGUGGGAGAUUCGCGAUCGCCUCGUCGAGGAAGGCGUUUGUGAUCGGGAAAACACUCCAAGCGUCAGUUCCAUCAAUCGAAUUCUCCGGAACAAAGCUGCCGAAAGAGCCGCCCAGUAUGCAAUGAUUGAGCGGGAAAGACAACAUUUAGCCAGCAUGUAUGGCUUCCAUCCUUGGUCUGCUGUUUGCGAGCCUACUAUGCCCUGGUCAUGCCACACGAUGCCGCAGCAUGAGGACUUUCCACCUCAAGACUACGAGAGGAGGGGUCUGGAACCACCUCCAGAGUUGUCAAUCAUUCCAUCAUCUCAGACUGUCAACAGCCACCAAGAACACCGCGAAGGGAAUUUUCCCGUGAGACUCAAAGGAGAAGAUGACGAGGAGCAACGCCAAAGGCAGUGCGAAACACCAGACAAGGAGAUCACAAUACCGGAACAACAAAAACCUGUUCACGUUCAAAGUAUCGAUACCGAGCACGACGAAAGCGAACAGAUGGAAGAAUUAGAAGUUGACAUGCACGAAACUAGCCAACACGGCGAUGACACCUGCGAUAACAGAAACAACAACAACAGCAACAACAACAACAACAACAACAACAACACCUUUGACACAGACAACAAAAAUUUCAAUAAGAAUUCUGAAAACGCCGGUUACAACAGUGGCAGUGAAAGCGGGAAGGAAGGAAGUGAUUCUCAAGGAAACCAGAAGAGAAAAAUAAGGCGAAACAGAACGACAUUUUCCCCUGAACAAUUGGAGAUGCUUGAAACAGAAUUCGGAAAAUCUCAUUACCCGGAUGUAGCCACGAGGGAGGAGCUUGCGAAUAAGAUUGACAUGUCAGAGGCCCGAGUACAGGUUUGGUUCUCUAAUCGCCGGGCAAAAUGGCGUCGCCACCAGAAAAUAAACAGCCUACCACAUAUACGUCACUCACUACUAGGAGGGUGUUACCCUAUGUGCACCGAAUGUGACAUGGCUGAUCAACAGUGUUCCUUGAUGCCAGGCCCUUACAGUCCACCCCUGAACUCUCUUAGCCUUCUGUCGCCGAACGCUGACAGAAUAGGCUCGUCGUCCACUUCAAUAUUAGGAGGUGGAACUGCAAGAUCUUGUUCUCCCCAAGAUUGCACUUGUUCAAGAGUUUAAACCACAUGAAGAGGGUUUCAAUUUAAUGUAAAAUAGUCUAGUAUCAAGAAGAGCACUACCUGAAGGCAAUCUUACUUCACGAGCAGUGCAAAAAUUAUUACAGAGUACCUUCGCUGGUACACGAUAUGCGUUAAACACCAAGAUGAAAAUAUUAAGAGAAUUUUGAAAGAGAGAUUAAGUUGUAAUUGGCUUAGAGUAAUUUUUUCAAGCCACGACAGCAAAAGUAUUUUGCUCUCUUUACGGCUUCAGCGCAUUUAAACAGCGAUUUUUAACAAAAGUGGACCACUUUAUUUUGGUUUCAAUCAAUGGAAAUAUGCGCAGCGGGUUUUGACUUUUCGAAAUCAUGCUUAUGAUAGUGCUCAUGGAAAAAUUUUGUAUAUAGUAUUGUGGGUUUUGUAGCAUUGUUAGGAGAUUUUAAUGAGAUGAAUUGAAUAAUUUCUAGAAUAUGGCGGGAACGUGAAAAGAGGCUAAGACAAAUCUCUCUUCUCUCUCUUCUCUGGCGUCGCAUUUCGCUUAUUUGGAACAGGCACGAAUUUUAGUAAAAUAGUUAUUCAAUAAGUGUACAUAGUUAUUCUGGAGUUAAUGAAAAGAUUGAAAGCGGAAAUCUCGCCUUUCGCAUUGUAUAGACAUGUAUGUAAUAAAUUUAAGGCCUGAUUUAUGAUACAUUUCUUGGAGUGUAAUUUGUUUUAUUGAUUGUGAUAAGCAGAGUGGGGAUGGGGAAGAAAAAAGAUGGUUGUGGUGGUUAGAGAGGUGGGUCGUGCUUCAUAACUGGUGCUCCUGCGUACUGCUCUCCAAAAAAACGUUGUGAAGUGUAGUCUAUUUUUAUUGAUUGAGAUAAACAGGAUGGGGCGGGAUGGGGUGGUGAGAAAGAGAGAAGGAUUGGGGUGGGGUGUGGGGAGAGAGGUGGGUCGUGCCAUAUAAAUGAUGUUGUUGCAUUCUGCCUUCGUGCAAAUAGCAGUGUUUGUGCUACAAGUCAGUGAGUGGUGUUUGGCUAUGAUUCUCAAAAUACGCCAAAUGUUCAAAAGGUAUUCCAUCGGUACUUUAAAGUGCCUAUGGAGUAAAAAAUAAUUGCUGCUGAUUUGA